CGUAUGAUAUUCAUUUACUAGAUUUACAUUUUGAGUGCACUGUGCCAAACUUCUAGUCAAGGCUUUGACCCACCGUGAUCACGCCGAUGGCUAUGGUAUUUGGUAUAUAAGAAUGAUUUUACAGGUUUUGGGGACAUAAGUAGAUUGAGGAGGGAAAACCCAUAUGGUGUUGUUAGAAAAGGAGAGGAUUGUGGUUCAUCAGGAGAAAGCAGGACUGAUCAACGGACAAAAUGGCACAGUCAAAAUCAGAAUUCGAUGUUUUGGACUGGCUGCUCUUCGGGGCAAUGUUGGUCAUAUCGGCAGGCAUCGGGAUUUUCUAUGCCUGCAUUGGCGGGCGACAGGAAACAACCACAGAGUUCCUAAUGGGAAGCCGGAGCAUGCAGCUGAUACCCGUCGCUAUUUCCAUCCUGGUCUCUAUCUUAUCAGCCAUUUCCAUUCUUGGAAUCCCCGCUGAAAUGUACACACACGGAACUCAGUAUUUCAUGAAUAUUUUCGGAUUUGCCUUGGCAGCCAUUAUUGCUUCGCAGUUGUUUGUUCCUCUUCUGUACCCUCUUCAGCUGACCAGCUCAUUUGAGUACCUAGAGCUACGGUUCAACUCCAAGGCGGCGAAACUGACGGGGACGAUUAUGAUGAUUCUACACCAGGUGAUCUACAUGGGCGUGGCUUCCUACGCACCUUCGACUGCAUUAGAGGCCGUCACCGGAUUCCCAACCUGGGCCACAAUCAUCUCAGUGGGGGUUGUAUCGACCUUCUACACCUUUCUAGGUGGAAUGAAGGCGGUGGUGUGGACGGAUGUCUUCCAGUCUAUAAUAAUGGUGGCUGGACUGUUGGCAAUUGUCAUUCAGGGAACUCUAUCUGUGGGCGGUAUCGACACAGUGUGGAGAAUCAAUGAUGAGUGGAAGAGGAUAGAGUUUUUCGAUUUUGACCCUAACCCCACCAAGCGACACUCAUCCUGGUCCCUAAUAAUAGGAGGGAUGGUGGGAUGGACAUCGAUGUACGGAGUCAACCAGGCCAGUGUCCAGCGAUUCUCUACCCUUCCCUCUCUAAGAAAAGCCAAAACUGCCGUCCUCUUGAACAUAAUCGGGCUCAUCUUCCUGAUGUGUAUUGCGUGUGUAGCCGGUAUAGUGGUGUUCGCUUAUUACGCACAAAAAGGGUGUGAUCCCUACACAAACGAUGACGUCAGCAAUUCUAACCAGAUCAUUCCAUUCUUUGUGAUGGAGACAUAUCCUGGAAUUCCGGGUCUAUUUGUGGCCUGUCUGUUCAGCGGCGCUCUCAGCACGAUGUCCUCCUGUUUGAAUGCUCUCUCGGCGGUCACGUGGAAAGAUAUUUUGGAGCCAUUCUUUGGAGAGAAAACAGAGGCACAGAAGACCUGGAUCACACGCAUUCUGGUCGCUAUAUAUGGUGGGGCGGCUAUCGGGAUGGCGUUUAUGACUAUGAACUUAGGUGGGACCGUAUUACAGGCUUCCAUUAGCUUUACGGGCGCCGUCUCUGGUCCACUCCUCGGGAUAUUCGUACUUGGAGCUUUCUUUCCAUGGGCUAACUGGAUAGGAGCUGUAGUUGGAAGUGUUUUCGGUUUGGCACUUCCGUUCUGGAUCAGUAUUGGUGCCUAUAGUGUAGUUGGAGCGCCUGAUUCCCUUCCGCUCCCGAUACAAAACUGCACAAAGGCCGAUAACUCCACUAUGUUUGUAAAAAUGACGAGUACCACAACACCUGUACCACCAAUAGAGGGCCUUGACGUCCUGUACACAAUAUCCUACGUGUGGUAUCCGGCCAUAGGGGCGGCGACUGUGGUAUUUGUUGGUUUGCUUGUCAGUCUAGUCACAGGUCUGACCCCCAAGGAUGAGGUGGACAGUAGGUAUUUGAUUCCUCUGUUUGACCGGAUCUUCUGCUGCCUACCAGUACAGUUAAGACGAUGUCUGCAGUGCUAUAUAGAAUUCAAGGAUCCAGAGGACAUUAAAGCAGAACAGGAUGUGGAAUUCUCGGUAAAUGUCGACAAACCUGUCAUAGUUCCGAUGAAGUCCGAUAAGUUCCGUGAGAAUAAGUAUCUCUCAGAAACAAUCGAGGAAAUUUCUUUUAAGUCUUUGUACACAGCCGAGAACGGGUAUAAUAACUCUGGAUUCGAGAGCAAGGAGACAUCCCUUUCGUAUUCAAAUAUACAGAGUGAUGAAACACAGAUUCCAAAGACGGAAUUAUAAGAAAUAGGUGUUUGCUUUUAAGUCUUCGCCUGUGAUAAAUGAUGAUCCUUGGAAAUGCCAUAAAUCUGAACAACAGUAAUAGUUAGAUGUCUUGUAAUUAUUAGUAUACAUGCAUUUGGUAAUCUUUAUGAUAAAGUCCCCCCAACCUGAGAUGACUCUGUGGCUUCAUCCUGAUCUUGAGUCAAUUGUGACGUAAUUCAUCACAAUCUUACUUAUCCUAAUUGUAGUGUUCAUGUUCUUGUUAAUAGAAAAAACUUGAUAGCAAUAUCAAAUGUCCUUACAAAAGUAAAAUGUUUUGCAACGUUUUGAUAUAUUAUCAUACCAUUGUCAUAUUUUGUAAUUGUCAAAUGGAUUAGAUGAAUGUAAGUUCUUUUGACUCACAGAAACCUCUGUCAGCAAUGACUUAAUGCAGGUACAUUAAUGAUUAAUGUGUGAUACAGUGUUUUGUAAUUACCAGUAAAAAUGCGGUUUAUGAGUCUAGUUCUGUCAGUGUUCAUAUAAAAUAUUUGUUUCUCCAAACGCUAUCUAUAUACAGGUAAACUUCGAUAUCUCGAACCCGUUAGGACCGAAGAAAAACUUCGAGAUAUCAGAGGGUUUGAGAAAUCGAAGUUACUCAAUUUUACACCAAUACUGCUUAAUGUUUUAUGUUGCAUGUUUUAUUUGACAGGAAAAUAAACACACUGUUUAAAAGCGGUAAAAGUUUUAGUGAUUUGUUUUAAUACGUUUGCAUUUGCACGUAUAUU